CAUGAUGAAGAAGCUUCAGUUUGUAAGAUUGUUUGAGAGAUCAAAGCCUUUCCUCGGUGUUGUGUUCUUGCAAUUCGGGUUUGCAGGGAUGGAUGUUCUGUCCAAGGCCGCGCUAAACCACGGGAUGAGCAAUUACGUCCUCGUCGUCUACCGCCAUGCUGUCGCCACCGCCGUCAUUGCUCCUUUUGCGGUCGUUCUGGACAAGAAAGUAAGGCCAAAGAUGACACUUCCAAUUUUCUUAAAGAUAGUAGCCCUGAGCUUGCUAGAGCCAGUUAUUGACCAGAACUUAUAUUUCAUGGGAAUGAAGUACACAACAGCAACCUUUGCAGCUGCUAUGACUAAUAUUCUUCCGGCCAUUACCUUUGUAAUGGCCUGCAUUCUUGGGCUUGAGAAAGUAAAAAUAAAGAGCAUACGGUCCCAAGCAAAGGUGGUUGGGACCACAGCGACGGUUGCGGGAGCGAUGGUGAUGACAGUGAUGAAAGGCCCUAUUUUGGACUUGUUUUGGACAAGAGGAACCCGUGUCGACGAAGCUCGAUCGGGCGGGAUAAGUCUUUCGCAUUCUAUAAAGGGUUCCUUGAUGAUCACGGUUGGCUGCUUUAGCUGGGCUUGUUUCAUGAUUCUACAGGCAAUCACACUAAAAACGUACCCCGCUGAGCUCUCGCUUACGGCUUGGAUAUGCCUGUUGGGCACGCUGGAGGGGACCGCGGUGGCUUUGGUCAUGGAAAGAGGAAAUGCUUCUGUUUGGUCUCUCAAAUGGGACACCAAACUAAUGGCAGCUCUCUAUAGUGGCGUAGUGUGUUCAGGACUAGCUUAUUAUAUUCAAGGAGUUAUUAUGAGAGACAGAGGCCCUGUUUUCGUGACAGCUUUUUGUCCGCUGUGCAUGGUUAUUGUUGCAAUUAUGGGCUCCUUAUUUUUGGCUGAGCAGCUCUAUCUUGGCAGGGUAAUUGGCGCUACUAUCAUAAUUGUGGGGUUGUACCUUGUUGUGUGGGGUAAAAGCAAAGACUACAAAUCCUCAACGACAAGCCUGGAUGAGCCAAUAUCACAGGAGUCUAAGCACAUCUCAGACCCAGAUUCGAAUCAUCAAGUGGUCACUAUUAAUCCAUCUGCCAGUGCUAUUGAACUACAAAUAAACAAAUCAUGA